UCAAGACAGCCAACGCCAGAACUGCUGCACACGCUCCCAGGACCUCGAAAACAAGACUCUGAGAGAGAAGCAGACAACGGCCAUGAAAUGAACAGAUGCAUUCUUCACUCCUGCCUGCUCGACCCGUGACGGCCCACCUUAGCACUUGGGUGGAGAGGAUAUCGGUCUCCGUCGCCUCAAUGCCCCACUGUCUGAGCUCGAAUCGCAGACCACCCACCGUGGCGUCCUCGGGCUUUUCGACAGGGAAACCUUAAGCGAAGACCUGCUUCGUAUACUCGCGCCACAGCUUGGCGCAGCCAAGAAUUACGACCGCUUGUUCUGCUGGGUUGUCCCGAGCGAGUCUCUCCGCCCACGUCUUGCCUGCAGGGGCAACGACAGAGAGCUAUUCUCACGCAGACGGACUGUUGUGCAUCGAAUGCGUACCCUCAUCAUCCUGGGCGCCUUCGUUGACUAUCUUGUAGGGGAGACUCUUCUUGAUCAGUGCGGCGUUCCGUUUCCCCUGCCAAUCGGUUCCCCACUGGCGGCUUGAUUUCAGCCAAGCGGUCUUCAGGUCGACCACCUCAGCGCUGGGACCGGUGCCCAAUCUCACACGGAGGACGGGGGGCAGGUCUGAGCCUUCCUCUACUUCAGCUUCGAGUUCAGCUUCACUGGGAGCCGGGGGAGCUGCACACUCACCAUCUCCCAUCGUUCUCGAGCGGUCCCCGGCCAGAAACAAGUCACGAGGGAGGGCCUCAACGCGCCAGGGUUCCGGGUUUGUAAACCCUUCUGGGGUCAU